AUGAAAUUAGCUAUCUUUUCAAACAAAGGUUAUUGGGUUGAUCAUUUUAACAAGGUCAAGAUUCCAUGUGAACAUCAAUUCUUUGACUCCAAGUUAAACAAGGAGACUGUAUGUCAUACUAGUGCAAGCAGCUGCCACAAACUAAUACUAUUACUAUUUUUAAUUAACUUUGCAAUGGUAGCAAAGGGAUAUGAUGCAGUUUGUAUCUUUGUCAAUGACAUUAUUUGUUCUGAAACAUUGACCAUUCUCAAAGAAGGAGGUACCAAAUUGAUUUUAUUGCGUUGUGCCGGUUUCAACAAUGUCGACCUGGAAGCUGCCAAGAAAUGUGGUAUCACUUGUCUAAGAGUUCCAAGAUACUCUCCAAACGCUGUAGCUGAAUAUGCUGCUGCUCUCAUGAUGACUUUAAAUAGAAAGAUUCAUAAAGCUUAUAAUAGAGUAAGAGAAGGUAAUUUCUCAUUAGAAUCACUUGAAGGAUUUGAUUUCUUUGGAAAGACUGUUGGAGUAUUUGGUACUGGAAAGAUUGGUGAAUUGCUUUGUAAUAUUCUUGUUGGUUUUGGUUGCAAGAUCAUUGCCUAUGACGUCGUUGAAAAUGAAGCUUGUAAAAAGAUUGGUGUUAAAUACAUGUCUCAAGAAGAAGUAUUUAGACAAUCUGAUAUCAUUUCUCUUCAUACUCCAUUAUUAAAGGAUACUAAACAUAUGAUUAAUGAUAAAACCAUUUCAUUAAUGAAAGAUGGAGUCAUGUUGAUUAAUACGUCAAGAGGUGCAUUGAUUGAUACCAAGGCAGUGAUCAAUGGAUUAAAGUCGAAAAAGAUUGGGUAUUUGGGAAUCGAUGUCUAUGAGAAUGAAGGAGGUCUCUACUUUGACGACAAUAGCGGUCAAAUCAUGAUGGACGAUACAUUGGCUCGUUUGAUGACCUUCCCCAACGUUCUCAUCACUGGUCACCAGGCUUGGUUCACUCAACAGGCCCUCGACGCCAUCUGCCAGGUCACCAUGAAAAACCUUAAUGAUUUUAAGAAUGGUACCAUUGACAAGGGUAAUCUUGUUGAAUAUGAACCAUCUGGUUGUGCUGCCAAAUAA